ACGAUGGAGCGAUCUUCGAUGAUGAAGACGCGAGCGACGGUGCGCGGUGUGGUGGCGGGCGCAGCACAACGAUGCUGUGUGCUUAGAUGCUUGCUGGUGAUCUGGUGCUACUCUUGUUGUGUUUUUGUUCUGCUUUUAUUUUGUUGUUUUUCUUUGCCAUGCACUUUAUUGUAACAGUUUUAUACAGUUUCUUAUGCCUCCUCGCUUCUUUGUGCCGCGAUCGACCAACCGAUCGAGGCUGAGACCGAAGCCGAAGUCGUAUAGAGUCGAGUCGAAGUCGCAGCCGAAGCUGAAUCUGAAGUUGAAGCUGAGGCAUGUCUUUUUGAACUGCCCGCAACUUUGGGUAUGCUAAAAAGUUACGAUCGUUUUCAGUUCAGUACCUUAACUCGAACUUGUAGCAGACGACACUGUGUACGGAUAACGGUGCACAUGAUGCCUUAAAGUGUUUCAUUCGAGCCUUUCGUCUUCCAUCAUUGAGCACAUAUUGAGCGCAGCGCUGCGCAGCGUCUCCAUCUCCAUCUAUCGGAAGAGUCUGUUUGGCCGUGUUUUUUUUUUGUUUUUUGUUUUUUGUUCGUAUUCAAUUGCGAUUUGAUUAUUGGAGCGGUUAUCAUCAUCGCGCUUGUCAACGCGUGUGCAAGUGGCGCGCAGGAUCAAAACAGAGCAUCAGGUCAAACGUUUUUCGUUUCGUGUUUUUUUUUUUUUUUUUUUGUUUAAUUGUGUUGUUGUUACUUUUCUUAACUGGGAACAGGAAACGUUACUUGUUUCCGGUGUGAUAGUCUGAUGGUGUGAACUAAUAAGCAAAAAACGGGAAAAAGGAUAAUUAUUUUUUCUCUCGCUCUAUUUUUCUUUCUCUCUGUUUUGACGAUUUGAUGAUUUGAUGAAAAUAUCCUUGAUGUGAAAUCGAACGUGUUUGUUUAUCGUAACAUUUUUUUUUUUUCAAACUGCCAUUUGGGAAAUAUUUUUUUUAUUUUUUUUUUGUGAUAAUUGCUGGCAAAUGAAUCACAAAAAUUGUCACUAAAUAUGUCGUUGUGUGGAAUUUAAUUGCUAAGACGUGAUGAGAAAAUAAAUUAACAAGAUUAAAAAUGAAAUUGAAAUAAAAAAAAAAUAAUUAUUAAAAAAAAAUGCGAGGUACAUCAAAAUUAUACGCGAAUGAAAGUGAAAAAUAAAAAUAAAAAAAAGAGAAAUUAAUUUUGUAAAUAUAAAUUGUUAAAUGCUGAUUAAAUUGGACAGCUUAAACAAAAAUUAAUUAAGAAAAUUAUUAAGGAUAUCAUUUGCUGGAUCAGAAAUACUGGCUUACAGCUGAUCACAAAGAAAUAAAUUGCUGAAUGUUGUUGGCAGAAGUGGUGACCGCAGUUAAAAAACUAUGGAAAUACCCAAUUCCUAUUGAGUGGAAUUUGAAUAAUUGUGUCACCGAUUUAACGGGACAACGACGAAGCAAACUGAGGUUGGUUAAAAUUAACCUCAAUCAAAUUUCACUGGGCGCCAAUAAUGCGAGAAAAGGAUCAUUCACCAAGAAAAAUGCUUCCUAGUCCAAAGCAAGGGUCCGUGUACCCGAUGUUAGGCCACACACCCGUCUCUUAUGCAUCUCAUGUACCUUAUGAUCUAUCACCAGCAACACGAACGUCAUCAUCAUCGUCCGGUCAUUUCCAUCCUAGCAACGUUGAUCAACCGCUCGAUUUGCGGCUAGAUCAUAAAAAGAAUUCCCCAUCUGGCAAUGGCGGCGGCGGCAGUGAUGAGCUGCUCGAAGAUGAAAAUAGCAAUUUGAUCCUACAAAACGAUCGAACGUCAACUUCCGAUCGAAGUUCAAGUCCUGUUAGUCAUAAGAACUUUGAGAAUAAUAACAACAACAACAAUAAUAAUAGCCACAACAACAAUAACAAUCUCCUGAUAAGCCUUAACGACUGUAAGAAAAAAUUUCGCCAAAAUGCGCUCAAUCACUCGCUAAUGAAGGAAGAACUCCGGAUAUCAGCUGGCAGUGAAUCUAGCCUUCAUCAGCAGCACCAACAACGAUCUAACCUGCCUUUUCAUGCGCCCGCCUUGCACCCACUGAUGCUGGAAGCAAUGGCUAAAGCGAUACCCCUGCAAUAUAGAAAUCCAUUUGUGCCACCUAGACCACCAGCGAAUGCCUUCGAACUCCUACGACCGCAACAAAAGGACCUGAUACGUUCCCUCCCGCAGCUGGCAUCAUCAAUGACCAACUCCCGACUAAGCUCCAACACUACUAGCACUAAUAACAAUACUAACAACAACAACAAUAAUAAUAAUAAUGAGGCUAUAGCUAAUGCAAAUCAAACGACAACGCCAUCUAGCGUCAAAAACAAAGAUCGCUACUCGUGUAAAUUCUGCGGCAAAGUGUUCCCGCGAUCGGCGAACCUGACGCGGCACCUGCGAACGCACACCGGCGAACAGCCAUACAAAUGUAAAUACUGCGAACGUUCCUUUAGCAUAUCCAGCAACUUGCAACGCCAUGUGCGCAACAUUCACAACAAGGAGCGUCCAUUCAAGUGUGCGCUAUGUGAGCGUUGCUUCGGCCAACAGACAAACCUUGAUAGGCACUUGAAGAAGCACGAAGCCGAUGCGGCAUCAUUGGGCCUCGGCAUCGAUGACCGAUUGCGAGGCUUGCGACGCAAUAAUCGAGGCGGCAGCGGUCUGCAAGAGGAAUCAUACUUUGAGGAGAUCCGAUCGUUUAUGGGCAAAGUGACGCAAAUUCCUAUUCCACUUCAAACACAAUUGUCAUCGUCGACGGAGCUCAAUUCGCCCAGCAGAAGUUCCUCAUCGUCUGAACCACCGUCGUCACCUCAAAGUAACCAUUGUCUGCAGGUAAUCAAGCAGGAGGAAGGGAGCGGCCACAUAACGAACUGUUUUAGCGAAAACUCUCUGAUGAAUGCACCCGCAGGCGAGAGCUUGAGCACGAAUAUGAACGAAGAGCACAUUAAAGUGACCUGACCUCACCAUCUCUAUAAUACGUAAUUCCUAAACAAUAUAAUACAAAAAUAUAACUAAAAAGCACAACAUGAAACAAAAAAACUAACCUAACUUGCCCUAAAAAUAUAUUUCAUAAUAGAAAACGGAUAUUAUGCAACAACAACAAGAAAAUAUAUAGAUCACUUUUGGUGGAAAUCCUCAGGCGCUUGUGUAGGUAUUUUUUGUGUAUAAGAAUAGCAGUGUGCGUCUGGUUUAGUGAAGCUAUAAAUCAUGAUAGGUUAACGGUAUGUAGGUGAAUUUUGUAUUUAAAGUUCCCGCCAAAAAUGCAAGUGCAGUGGGCGGUAUGCCAUUUUUAAUAAAUAAUUGGUUUAUUGGCUUGCUAGGGAUAUAGAUUUCUGGUUAGUUUUUGGGCUUUGAAGGCUUUGAGGAUCUUUAAAAAAUUUUGGUGUUUCCAUUUUGAAUAAUUGCCAUAUGAUCUCACCACUUUAUGUAAAAAAAACUAGAAUCAUAUUUUAUAUUUUUCAAAUCUUGUUGGUUUGACUGAGACUGAAAAGGUUGGGUUCGAAAUUCCAUAAGGCAAAAGUUAAUGAAGUAGAGCAAUUAUAUUGACAAUCGUCUAUAAAUAAAGAUUACCUAUAUUUUUCAAUUCCAUUUUGCUUACUUUAUUAUGAGAACAAAAAUAAGGAACGUCACGUACAGACAGCGAAAUUCAACCAUUACAUUGUUGAAUAGAUAGAUUUUUAAGCUAAAUUUUUGGUAAAUUUUCUGUCAAUUUCAUAAAAUUUAUAUAAGCAGAUUUUUCGCGUAUAAGGGACCCUUUUUAACCAUCAGUGGGAAAAACUAUCACUCUAACUCUAGAAAUAUGUGCGUAUGCUAUCUCUAACAAAAUUGUUAAAUUCUUUAAAACAACAAAUAUGAAAAAAUACUUUUCUUUAUCGUGGUAAUAUCGUUUAAAAUAAUUGGCCCAAAGUUACAUAUUAUGAAAAGUGAUUUUCAAAUUCUGAAAAUAUUUUUCCAAUUCAGUUUUUUAAAUUUUGUAUUUGGAUUUGUUGUUCCUUAUUUUAACAAAACAUGUGUUUACCAUUCUUUAAUCCCG